AUGGAGAUGAAGCUUAUGCUUCUCUCUAAACCUCACUCACUCUCCAUUUUCGAAAAAUUUCGACCCUUAUUUCAGUUUUCUCUAAACCUCAAUGGCAAACGCUCUAAACCCAUUGCUCAAAUCUCCUCACUAGCCCCCAAUUGCAGAUCAGCAAAACACCCAGUUUCAGAAUCGGUCGAUUAUUCGAUCGAUACGAUUUACGGGCACGCAGGCUGCACCUCAAAAGAGCUUUCUUGUGUUGUGUACAAUGAAACCCUACGUGAACUGUGUGAAGGAAGAGAAAUCGAUGAAGCCAUGUCCACACUAGCUCGAAUGGAGGCCUUGGGCUGCCGGCCCGACCCGGGUUCUUAUUCCUGUUUGAUAACCGGGCUUGCAGAGGUAGGUAGGACGCUAGAAGCAGAUGCGAUUUUUCAAGAAAUGACGAUUUCGGGCUGUAGGCCAAAAAUCAGGCUGUUCAAUGCCAUGCUCAGAAGCUGUUUGAAGAAAAGCCUGUUAGACCUCUGUGAUAGAUUGCUAACAGCCAUGGACAAGUCGGGUUUAGAGAAGAAUCAUAAAACGUUUGAAAUUUUGAUUGAUUACUACGUGAGCGCGGGACGAUUGAACGACACGUGGCUCUUGAUAGCCGAGAUGAAAAGAAAGGGAUAUUCUCCGAAUUCGUACGUGUAUAGUAAGAUUAUCGAGAUUUAUAGGGAUAAUGGGAUGUGGAAAAAAGCAAUUAGGAUUUUGAGCGAGGUGCAGGCAAAUGGGGUGGGUUUGGAUCGGAAAAUAUAUUUUAGCAUCAUUGAUACUUUUGGGAAGCAAGGGGAAUUGAGUGAGGCUAUGGAGGCUUUUGAGAAAAUGCUAGAGGAUCGUACAAAUCCGGGUAUUAGAAUCUGGAGUUCUUUAAUUCGAUGGCAUUUUAAAUUUGGGGAUUAUGUUGGUGCUCUUGAUUUGUUUAGUAGGAUGCAGGAACUAGGGCUUUAUCCGGACCCGAAGAUUUUCAUGACCAUUAUUUCGAGUCUUGGGGAGCAAGGGAAGUGGGAAGAAGUGAAGAGAAUUUUCGAGAUUAUGAAACACAGAGGACAAGAAAAGAGCAGUGCCGUUUAUGCCGUUUUAGUCGAUAUUUAUGGGCACUAUGGGAAGUUCGAAAAUGCUGAGGAUUGUGUACGAGCUCUAAAAUCGGAAGGCAUUCAGCUGACGCCUGAUAUUUUUUGUGUUCUGGCAAAUGCUUAUGCUCAGCAGGGAUUAUGUGAACAAACUGUGAGAGUACUGCAGCUCAUGGAAGCAGAAGGAAUUGAAACAAAUCUAAUAAUGCUGAAUGUGCUGAUUAAUGCCUUUGCUACAGCCGGACGGCACAUGGAGGCCAUGGCAGUCUAUCACCAUAUACUCGAUAGUGGUAUUAGCCCGGAUGUUGUGACAUAUAGCACAGUGAUGAAGGCUUUUUUGUGGUCAAAGAAAUUCGAUCAGGUCCCUAAGAUAUAUAGUGAGAUGGAAGCUUCUGGAUGUUCACCAGAUAGAAAAGCACGCGAAAUGUUGAAGUCUGCUUUAACUGUUCUUGAGCAAAGGCAUCGAUAA